AUGGAUCAAAAAACUUUCUUCCGCUUGGUUUUUCUCAUAGUCGCAGCUGGUUUCAUCAUAUCUUUCACUUCCACACACUUCUCUCACGCGCCGUCAUCCACGACAGGGCUUCUUGACUGCACGUACUCUUCCUCUUCACCUCUCUGUGCAUCAAGAAACUUCCUUUUCAACAGACAAAAACGACCCAUUCCUAAAAACGAUCCAAAACCAAAACCCAAAAGCCAUGAUCACUCGUCCGAUACCCCAAACCACCCUCUCGACCCACUCACGGUAACCGAACUUAAAAAAGUCAAGACAAUCCUCUCCUCACACGCGCUCUUCGCCUCCGGUGCACCACACGCGUUUCACACGGUCGUUCUUGAUGAGCCAGAGAAGAGUCUCGUCAGACGCUGGAGAAAAGGAAACCCACUUCCUCCGAGGAAAGCUUCCGCCAUCGUACGUGUCGGUCUCGACACGCACGUCCUCACCGUCGAUCUUUCUUCUGGUUUGGUCGAGAUAGAAGGCUACCCGGUUCGUGCCUCGGGUUACCCGAUGAUGACUAUCGAGGACAUGAGCGCAGCUACUCUGGCACCGUUCUCAAACGCGGAUUUCAACCGCACGAUCAUCUCUCGUGGAGUUGAUCUAAAGGACGUGAAAUGUUUCCCGUUAUCGUGUGGUUGGUACGGUAAAAAAGAAGAAGAAAACACUAGGGUAAUUAAAAGUCAGUGUUACUCGUCUCAAGACACGGUAAAUUUCUACAUGCGACCCAUCGAAGGUUUAACCAUUCUCAUCGACUUAGACACAAGGCAAGUCAUCGAGAUUGUUGACACGGGUCGGACCAUACCCAUACCCGGUUCAACCAAUACCGAGUACCGCUUCGAAAACAUUGCCACCACCGACAAAAACCGACUCAUCAACCCGAUAUCAAUAGAGCAGCCACGUGGUCCAAGCUUCGUAGUCGAAGACAACUACCUAGUGAAAUGGACAAAUUGGGAAUUUCACCUAAAACCUGACCCGAGAGCUGGCAUGGUUCUGUCACAGGUGAGAGUACACGACCCGGAUACUCAAGAGACACGUGACGUAAUGUACAAAGGGUUCGUGUCGGAGCUUUUUGUUCCGUACAUGGAUCCGUCGGACGCGUGGUACUUCAAGACUUACAUGGACGCAGGAGAGUACGGUUUCGGUUUGCAAGCCAUGCCACUUGUACCGCUUAACGAUUGUCCACGAAACGCAGCGUAUAUGGACGGAGUUUUUACUGCGGCGGAUGGGACGCCGUUUGUUAGAGAAAACAUGAUUUGUAUAUUCGAGAGCUACGCCGGAGAUAUUGCGUGGCGUCACUCUGAAAGCCCCUUCAUUGAUCUACCGAUAAGGGAAGUGAGACCAAAGGUGACGUUAGUGGUACGAAUGGCAGCUUCAGUAGGUAAUUAUGAUUACAUCAUUGAUUAUGUGUUCCAAACAGAUGGGCUUAUCAAAGCUAAGGUUGGACUUAGUGGAAUCCUAAUGGUGAAAGGGACAACUUAUCAAAACAAGAACCAAGUAAACAAAGAUAAAGACGGUAAAGAAGAAGAGCUUCACGGCACGCUUCUAUCUGAAAACGUAAUCGGAGUAAUUCACGAUCACUAUGUCACUUUUUACCUUGACAUGGACGUGGAUGGCCCGGAUAAUUCCUUUGUUAAAGUGAAUUUCAAGAGGCAGGAGACCGAGCCUGGCGAGUCUCCGAGGAAGAGUUACAUGAAAACGGUUAGGAACGUUGCGAAAACAGAAAAAGAUGGUCAGAUUAAGCUUAGUUUGUUCGAUCCAUCUGAAUUCCAUGUCAUCAAUUCUGCUAAGACCACUCGUGUUGGUAACCCUACGGGCUACAAGAUCGUGCCUAGAGCCACAGCGGCUACUCUACUUGACCCUGAUGACCCGCCGCAGAAGAGAGCAGCUUUUACCAAUAACCAAAUUUGGGUCACUCCAUACAAUAAGUCCGAGCAAUGGGCUGGUGGUUUGUUCACUUAUCAAAGCCAGGGUGAUGAUACUCUUGAGGUUUGGUCCAACAGGGAUAGAGACAUAGAGAACAAGGAUAUAGUUGUGUGGUAUACACUUGGCUUCCAUCACGUUCCAUGUCAAGAAGAUUUUCCGAUAAUGCCCACGGUUUCUUCGAGUUUUGAUUUGAAACCCGUGAAUUUCUUCGAGCGUAAUCCAAUCCUUAAGGCCGCUCCAAACUUUGAACAUGACCUUCCGGUUUGUGGAGCUAAUUCUGUUUCUGCCUGA